GACGAAGCAUAUCGAGCUGGUCUUUCAAGUCGGCUUCAGCCCUGUCUUCAUGAUGAUGUUUUGCCAUCUGCUGACUUUUUGAAUGUAUGCAUCAAGUUGUACUUUGCCAAAUUCCAGCCCAUCUUUCCCAUCGUUCACGCCCCUUCGUUUAGACCCUCUUCAGAGAAUGCCCUUUUACUCCUCUCCAUCUGCUCGCUAGGGGCCCUUUUCGUGGGAUCUGCCGGCGCUGCUGCUCGUGGUAGGGGUAUCUUCAAGAAACUGAACAAGGCAAUUCUGGCAUCGUGGGAAGUCUAUAUUUACCGAGGCGGGCGCGAAGCAUUAGCUAUGGCGCAAGCAGUUGCUCUUGGUCAGACAUUUGGAAUGCUCUCUGGCAAUCCAAACGAUCUUCUGAUGACUGAGAGCUUCCAUGGCACCAUCAUUGCAUGGGCCCGGCAAGCUGGGAUGUUUCAAAUCAAAGAUUCUCUACUGGAUGCCAACCAUCUCGACUCUGAUGAGGAGUUGGAAACGGCUUGGAGAUCAUGGUCCCAAGUAGAGGAAACUGUCCGUGUGCUGGCGGCUCUGCACAUUCAUGACUCUGAGUUCGCAGCCAUUUUUCAUCACGAGCCAUUAUUACGCCAUGAGCCAGGAAGACUACCACGAUGCUGCAUAGAUGAGCUAUUCGUCGCCUCCACAGCUGCUCAAUGGCAAACGAUGAUCAGGUCGCUACACUGUUCCACACCUUCAAGCGAGCCGCAGCAUCGUGCUUCUGUUGGCAUGACUGCAAUGUCGAAUUCCUACGCAUUCAUGAACGCUUACGUCCUACUUUCCGGCUUAAAUGCGGCAAUACAAGAAGCACGGUGUGCAACUCUAAACGAGGCAAUGAUUGGAGAUUUUCGGUACCGUCUAACAACUUGGUACGAAGCGUAUUUUCCAAGUAUCCGCUACUCGAGUCGUGAUCCCCAUUCCCUCAUUGUGCUCUGGCACGAGGCAUUCAUGUCGCUAUAUGUAUGCUUUGACCUGUUAGAACGCGUGAUAGGGCGCGAAGGGUCGUCAAUGAAGGACGGAGAUAUCGCACGUAUCCGCAGUUGGGUAGCAGCGCUGGAGGGGCAGCGCUGUGUUGUUCACGCAAUGCUCAUCCACAAGCGCUUACAGGCACUACCCAUCAGCGCGGAGCCGGCUAUCCACGUCCCAAAGGCGCUAUUCUCCGCAGGGCUGGUUUUAUAUUGCUAUGCCAAGUUUCGGUCAACCGAAGCGCCACAUGGCGAUGUAGAUAUUCCCGAGCUGCGAUCGAGCGAUGUUGGACGCGUGUCGGCGCAAAUUUCGGUAGAGCCACCAACAGCCAGCCUUCGCCAAUUCGAUCCGAGCACAUUGUACAACAUAACCGACCUUCUUCGUCGUCAAGGGCACUGGGAACUAUCCCGGAGAUUUGCCUCCAUCUUG